UUGAUUAUUUCCUUUUUUUGUUUGUUUAAUCUUCUUCUUGUUUGUUUACCACAAAAUUGUAACAUCUUAUAUUUAGAAUUAUUUUCUUUUUGUUAUAUAACUGCAAUCGUCAAUCAUGGUCGAUAGAUUAGUUAGUCUUAAAUAUCUCAAUCCUCACAUUACUUGUAAUAUAUGUAAAGGCUAUUUAAUAGAUGCUACAACGGUGACCGAAUGCCUUCACACAUUUUGUAAAAGCUGUCUUGUUAAGCAUCUAGAGGAAAGGAAUACUUGUCCAUCAUGUCAUCUCAUCAUUCAUCAAAGUCAUCCAUUAAAUUACAUUGCCUAUGAUCGGACAAUGCAAGAUAUUGUCUACAAAUUGGUGCCCAAUUUACAAUCAAAUGAACAAAAGAGGGAACGUGAAUUCUAUCGGAAAAGAGGUCUACCUCAUCCCAAGGCUAAUUCAAAUUCAUAUUCAAACAGUAAUGAUAAAGAUGUUUAUAAGUAUCAAAAUGAAUCAAAUACCAAUGAGGAAAAUAGCGAUUAUCAUAGAUCAGAUGAACAAGUUAAUAUACUCUUAGAAAGUCAAAAUGGUUGCAAUUUGAAGCAAAUGAAACGGAAAUAUAUUAGAUGUUCAUCUCAUGCCACUGUUACCCACCUUAAAAAAUUCGUAGCUAAAAAGCUUUUCAACAAUUUCGACAAAUAUAAAGAGAUUGAUAUUCUAUGUAAUGAUGAGCUUUUAGGUAAAGAUCAUACGCUGAAAUUUGUAUGGGUUACAAGAUGGAGAUAUAAGGAUCCACCGCUGCGGCUUAGCUAUCGACCAAAGAUUGACUUUUGAUAGAAAACUUUUAUCCUUUAUCCAAUCAUUUCGCCUCCUCCAUGUUGAUCAAAAUUGUGAUUAUAUUAUUUAUCCGAGUCUCUCUCUCUCUCUCAAAAUGAGAUACAAUUCCAGUCACCACGCUCUUUAUUAUCUGGAAAAAGAGUCACUCUUAGUUACAAGAAUUUCGCUUUAAAAUACGCAAAGAGCAUUCAUGUACUUUCGACACCUUAAGCUGGAACUAUUUUUUUCGCUUAAUUAAAUUGAUUGUGGACGAACUAAGAAUUGGUUAAUUCUACCCAAGACAGAACAUUCUGCACUCCAGACAAAAUUCCAAGUUUCCAAAUCAGUGAAUCAAACAAGUUGAAGUCAAAUUUAAAUUCCACUGUAAAUAAGAAAAAAAUUAUCGAUGGAACAAGUUUUAUUUUCUUCGCUCUUUCGCUCUUUCUCUCUCUCACUUUUGUCUUCUUCCUCUCAAUUCUUAAGUUUCUUCUUCUUUGCUGACUUCAUCUUAAUCCGAUCCUGAAACCUGAUGGAUACUCAAUGGAUUCAUGGAAAUUCAAUUUAUUGACCUAUUCGAUCUUUCGUGAUUGUUUCUUCUCAUUAAAACUGAAGUUCCAAUCAAAUCAAUUUUUAGCUCGAAUUGUGUGAAUCUCUCUCUCUCUUUCCCUCUCUUUCACAAUCUUCAUCUUCUACAAUUGAAUCCAAAAUCUGAUUCUGUGAAAUUUUGUGAGAAAAAGACAAUUAAUUCAACCUCGUUGAUUCAUAACAAUUAAAUAUUAUCGAUUCAUUUUGAUAAA